AUGGCUUCGUACGGUCCCAGGGCUCGGCGGGGGGCCCCAGAGGCUGAGCACUGCCCAGGACCUGCCGUCGCGAUUCCUUCGUGGCCCGAGGGGCUCCGGGUCCGAGGAGGACAAGGCGCCUCUCCUCGCCUCGCGCUCGCCCUGUCGCCGCUGCAGCGGCAGGAGGCGACAGCGAGGGCGGGGGAGCGGCUGCAGCCCCCGCCCUCGCCUCGGCUCCGCCUGCCGUGGGGCCUCCCGGGAGCGGCGUCGGUGCCUUUGUUGCCCCCUCGCAGGAGGCCUGUGUGUUGGCGACGCUGGAGGAACCUCCCUCGCUGGCCUUCAGCCCCUUCUCCGCCUCGCUUCUGUGGUGCCCCGCCGCCAGGCGUGCCCGCGGCGGCGGCCGGCGCGCCUCCCGCUUUCAGGCGAGCGCCCUGA